GAACUAUGUGGUGUUGGGGUGGCUCUCCUGCAGUUGCGAACUGCUCCGUCCUGGGCCACUGGUCAUGUACCUCAGCUUCCGGGAGUUCAUGUCCUAGCACGAAGCGCGGUGCUGUGCUGAGGAGGACUCGGUGCUCAUGGGCACUCGCGUGGCACGCUCCACCUUUAUGCUGGUGAUUGCCUUGGUCUUCUGUUCCAUCUGUCCGGUGGUCCUGCUGGCAGCGGCCGUGUACUUCCUCAUCGAGCGCCUGUCGCACGGCUACCUGAUGCUCUCCGCCGAGCCGCGGCAGGGCGAUGCUGGGGGCGAACUCUUCGUGCAGGCGCUGAAACAGGUGCACACGGGCUUGCUGAUCUACGUCCUGCUGAUGAUUGGUGUGCUGGGUUCCAAUGGAUUCGAGUUCGGCUUGCUGCUGGUUCCAAUUCUGUUCAUGGUGAGUUGGUCCUUGCUGAGUCUGGAGAGUUUCCUCUGGCCCUGCCUACCGUUGAAUCAGGUGAUGGACUUGGACGACAGAGAUCCUCCAAUGACUGAUGCAACAGAAGUCUAUGAGCAAUUGGAGUGCCGAGAAGAGAUCGUGCAGAUAGUGCCACAGAUCGUGGUGUCCAGGGCUUCGCUGACCGAAGCUGCCGUGGCUGCUGCCGCACCAACAGUUGCGCCGCCUGCGAUGCCUGCGAUGCCACCGGCGGCGGCGAUGUCGACGACGACGACGGCGGCGACGAGGGGUGGAGGCAAAGCCCCAGAGGAGACAGGGACCGCAAGUCAGGAAGCCGAAGACUUGGAGUUCUGAGUGCAGAAAAAGCCAUUGCUUGAGUUCUGAGCGGGAGAUCAUGGGUGCCAGCAUUGGGG